AUGGACAAAGAAAAUAUAUCCGCCUUCCCUAAAAAAUUAUUACUCAAGAAAAUUCAAGAAGUUCCGGUAAGGGAAGAUAAUAGAAUUCCACUUAAAACCAUUAAUAGCUUAUCAGGUUUGCCAGCUGGAUCUAGCACGGACCACGGUAAAGCAGUAUCAAAUAAGACUAGAAGUACAUAUGAAAUUGACUCAAAAUACGUUACUUUUAGACAAAGAAACGAAGACUUCGACUGGGACUAUAAAGUUAUUAAAGACGAAGCAAACAAUAAAGACUGUAGUAUAAUUUCUAUAAGUGACGAGGAAGGAAGAUUCAUUGAGAGUGACAAGAAAGAAUACAAUUAUUUUAAUGAAAAUAAACAGAAAAAUGUUCUUGGUGAAGCUAGUAGGGCGGCUAUUCCAUUACAUAAAUCACCUCUUGAACCGAAUAGGGUGAGGAAUAUAAAAAAAAGUUUGAAAAGACCGCACAGUAGAGAGUUACAAGGUCUUUCACCGGUGGUACAUCCAGAGAAAAAAGGGGAAGAAAAAUGCAAACGACGUUUAAAAUUCAACGAGCGUUUGAGUGAUAGAUUACAGUCGCCGGAUAUUUUUGUGAAGUCAUACACGAAGCGCAUCGAGAGUGAUUACGUUGAUGAUCUGUUUGCCCAUUUACUAAGUAUUGAAAGACCUGUAUCCGUGCCUAGAAUACCCAGCAUUACUCGUGCAUGUGUCCUUAAUUGGUUAUUAAGAAUUAACGGAUCUGAUGGCAAUCCAGCGGUGAUCCAGACAGCAUCUUGGUAUCUAGACUCGAUCUUGAGCAUCAGUAGCGUUCAACUAGAGCAGUUGCAGCCGGUUGCAGCCGCUUGCUUCUGGAUCGCUCAGAAGCAUCAUGGACCAGUGGCCUCCGCUUCUAAGCUUAUUAAAUGUGCAAAAAGAGCCUUUAGUACAACACAAUUAUUGAGGACCGAAGAGGCGAUCUUGAAGAAAUUGGUAUGUCACAGUAACUACCCUUGCCAGCUUGACUAA